ACCACUAGGAAAUUAAACAUGACAGCUUCAACAACUUAUUUCUCUCAAGAGUUGCUUGAAAGCUUCCAUCCAAGAAAACUUCUCCUUCAUGCCUCUGUUUACUCGAUAGAAACCCCAGCAAGUUCCCCAACUCAGCAGCACAGUUAUUCCAACAACAACGUCCACGCAAAUACACGCAUUGUUAUCCUGGUCCUCAUUUGCACCAUCAUGUCCUUUUGCGGGUUGUUUUGUUUCUUCAAGUGUUCAAUUAGGGGCUCAACUUCUCCUUCAACCAAGUUAGUCAAUGUAGGAGUUAAGCAGAAAGCCUUAAACUCCUUCCCUGUUGUGAAAUACGCAUCCGAGUCGAACUUGCCUGGCCUAGACACCGCUUGUGCUAUAUGCUUAUCGGAGUUUGCUACCGGGGAGUGUCUGCGGAUUUUGCCCAAGUGCAACCAUGGAUUUCAUACUCGUUGUAUCGAUACAUGGCUUAGUUCGCAUUCUUCAUGCCCUACAUGCAGGCACUGCCUGACUGAAACGGACGAGAAGACCGAUAACCGCGGCCAGGUAGAGACUCUUCCAGUGCAGGAAGCCAUAAACAUGGAAGAGAACUAGAAAUUGUGAAUAAUUACAGGGAUAAAUAGGCUGGUUUUGGUGUAAUUAUCUGUUUACUCUCAAUUAAUGUCAUGGUACUUAUGAAAUGCUUGCUGUCA